AUGCAGCGCGAGACGGCAGCGGCGCUGGCGGGCGCGGCGCGGAUGGCGGCGUGGCGCGCGCACUGCUACGGCCCGCCGGCCGAGCUGCGGCUCGAGGAGGCGCGCGUGCCGCCGCUGCGCGCGCCCGACCAGCUGCUGGUGCGCGUGCACGCCGCCUCCAUUAACCCGAUCGAUGUUGCUAUGCUCGGCGGGUACGGCGCCCGGGUGCUGAACACCUUGCGGGCGAUGGAGGGGGUGGACGUGGAGUUUCCGCUGGUGGUGGGGCGCGACUUCUGCGGCGAGGUGGUGCUGGCGGGCGCCGAGUGCCGCUCGCGCGCAGGGCGGCGCGUGUGGGGCGUGGUGCCGCCGCACUGGCAGGGCGCGCACGCGCAGUUCGUCCUCGCCAGGGACCGCUGGGUGGCGGAGGCGCCGGCGCGGCUCUCCGACGCGGCGGCCGGCGGCGCGCUCUACGCCGCGCUGUCGGCGUGCGCGGCGCUGCGCGCGGCCGGCCUGCCGCCGCGGCCGCCGCCGCCGCGCGCCCGCGCCGCGCAGCGCGUGCUGCUGCUGGGCCUCGGCGGCGUGGGCCACGCGGCGCUGCAGCUGCUGCGCUACUCGGGCGCGCAGGUGGUGGUGGGCUGUGCCGGCGAGCAGUGCGAGAGCGCGCUGGCGCUGGGCGCGGCCGCCGCCUUCGACCGUCACGCCGCCGACUACGAUCGGAGUCUCCGGGAGGCCGGCCCGUACGAGGCGGUGCUGGACUGCGCGGGCGUGGGCGGCGAGGGCGCGGCGGCGCGCGGCUGGCGCUUCGGCCGCUUCGUCACGCUCAGCUCGCCGCUGCUGCGGCUCACGGACGAGCGCGGGCUGGCUUUGGGCGGCGCGGCGGCCGCGCUGCGCCUGGCGCAACAGAGCGCGGCCGCCGCCGCCGCGGACGGCCCCUCCCCCGGCCCCUCCGGCUGCCCCCCACACGUGCGCUGGGCCUUCUUCGCGCCGUCGGCCGCAGACGCGCGCCUGCUGCGGCGGCUGGCGGACGCCGGCAAGUUUUCAGUGGCCGUGGAGCGGGUGUUCCCGUGGUGGGGCGCCGCGGAGGCGUACGCGCGCGCGGCGCAGGGCCGCCCGCGGGGCAAGCUAGUGCUGGACUUCGCUGGACAACCCUCGAACACGGCUCAUGAA